GAACUAGUCAGGUCUGAACAAAAUGGCGGCCUUCUGCACCGGGUAACGCGGUGUUUUAAACUAUCAUGAUAACAUGUCUCUUUUGAGGCUCUGUGCCUAUUCAGCUGCUUUAACUCGCAGUUUUGCGGUUGACAGAAGCGUUCAGAGAUUUCUGAACGGCGAUUAUUGCCAUCUGUGUCUCAGAAUACGCGGCACUGGAGAGAGACAACUACAAGACAAAACAUGGGCUACAAUUUACCAAAGACACUAUUCAGCCAUCCCCAAGAAGCAAGACGGGAAGAAAAGAUUCUGGGAACAGUCUCAGCUGUUGGAUGUUCUGGAGGCCAGAAUCCAACAACUGCAAUCCGACGCCGUUGUAGACGUCAAACAUUCAAAGGUGCAAAUCAUCAAAAUGCAGCAGAAAGUACAGAAAACAUCACCUGGGAAUAGUCAAAAGAACUUGCCGCGAGACAAAACAGAAAUGCUUAAAAGUGGGCCAUCCGCCAAAAAAGGUGCAACUGAAGGUGUCGUGCCUUUCAAAACUCAACCAAGUCGCUGGAUGGAGAAACUGAAGCGUGAAAAGUGGAUUACUCUCAAAAAACAAACUUCGCAUAGAAUGCACGACAAGACAGUUGUGGGUAAAAACAGCAAAGAGAGUUCGAUGCGUCCUGGUACAUCUACGAAGACCGUCGCAACGGGCAAAGUAAGUGAGACAAAAACUAAAGUAGAAGACUCCAAAGGCUCUCCGUCUACCACGAUGUCCUCCAAAGCCGGUGCUGUGCAGAAAAGGAAGAAGAUGAUUUCGAGAGUCUCGGAAAGUUCAGCCGUCAGGUUUCCAGGAGUGCAAAAGAUCUCCAGCAGUGAAGUUGGCAGCGUUUCGGAGAUGUCUACACAAGAGAAACCUGCGGAUAAAGAAUGCGACAAGGCAGAGGAGCUCGAUGCAGACAACGCCAUUGACCAGGAGAGCUUGAGUCCUUCUGAAAAGCUUCUAGAGGAUAAGGAGGGAAACCGCUAUGGGGAUCCUCAGCUCAAAAUCCGCUGCUACUUGGAGGCAUGUGUUUUCAUUGAUGACGUAGCUAGAGCUCAGAACUGUCUGCUCUUUCAUCACCGGCAAUUAUCCAGACGAAUUAACUUGUCUGUCAGCACCUACAACAUCGUGAUGAAGAUGUGGGCAAAAAAAGGUUCCUUUAGUCAUAUUCGUCGCCUAUUCAUUCUGAUCGAUGAAGCCGGUCUGAAACCCAACAUUGGGUCUUACUGUGCUGCUCUGGAGUGCGUGGGCCGCAUGCCUGAGUGUCAAUCGUGGAUCAUUAAAAGGUGUCUGCAGCAGAUGGAGGUGGACGGUCUGUCCGUGGAUGACGUGUUCAGACAGUGCGUGUUUAAAAAGGAUGAAAGAGAAAUGGUUCUGAGGGCCGUCCGCUUGGUGCAUCCCAAAUACCAACCCAGCGUAUCCAAAGAUCAGCCCGUCUGUUCCCUGCCGCUGGUGAAGCAGUAUUAUGCUGAGAGGGAAGGCGCCGUUUAUCCUAAACUGGACUUUAGCCUGAAAGAACUGCGCGACCGCUUCAGUCUUCAGCUGGGUAUGGAGAAGGCCACUGCCAUCACCAUUGACUCCGUGGAGGCCUUAAAACCAGUCACCCAAAAUAUGGCCAAAAUGAGAGAAUUACUAGCAACACAACACAAGCACUGGGAGAAAGCUCUCCUCCAGGCGUUGAAGGAAAAGAAACGGAUAUUAUCCAGCAAUGGCCAGAAGUCCUGGAGUACUUGCAUAUACCCAUACCUGUGUAUCCUGGAUGAUCAGGAUUAUGUGAACAUCAUGCUUCAGGGUUUAGAUAAACUCUCACCCAGCGGUGAAUCUUUGCUUAUCAUGGCGGAGGAAAUGGGAAACCGUGUCUACAAUCUGUACUCUAUCCGGCAGAAGAGCCACAGUCAGAUGGUCGAGAAGCUUGAGAGUAUCUACAACUCGUAUUCUGAGCUCCUGGCGAAUGACAGUGAGACCAAUGGCAUGCUGCCCCGGGAGUAUUGGGUGAGUCUUGAGAUGCAGAACUGCAGCGGUCCUUCUCUUUUAAAUGACGACACCGCUUGGCCGAUGGUUCUGAUGGUGCAGCUGGGCAGCUUCCUGGUUGACCUGAUGGUUCAUGAGCUCAAAAUUUGGAACAACAUUCUCAGCCACACUCAAGAGAAGCAGCUCAUCCCUGUCCUGUACCACAUGUACACGUUCCGCAGCAAUCGCAAGAUUGGCUUCAUCAAACCGCAUCCUAUUGUGACCCAAAUCCAGAGGGUUGCGAUGGAAACCAAACUUACUUUUGACUCAUACGUCAUGCCCAUGCUUUGUCCGCCCAUUCCCUGGACUUCCCCGAAAAGCGGCGCUUACCUGUUGACGCCAGCCAAACUGAUGCGCUCCAUCGAUGGAGCCAUCCAACACCAGCUUCUCCUGGAGAAGAGCCGAGAUGAGGAUCUCCAUGCCGUGCUGGACUCCCUCAAUCAGGUGGGCAACUGCCCCUGGAAGAUGAACAAGCCCCUGCUGGACAUCAUCAUCUCCAUCUUCAACGACAAAGGCAACGACAAGCUCUGCAUCCCUCCGCCGCUGUCCGAAGCGCCCGAGGUUCCUCGCUUCAACCCUCACGACCCGUCCUACACUCAGGCCGAGAAGGCCUGCAUGAAACGGGAAGGUGUCAAGGCCAAGAAGGUGGUGGCGGAGAUGCACAGCCUCCGAAUGGAUGCGCUGUAUAAGUUGUCCAUCGCCAACCACGUGAGGGACGAGAUCUUUUGGUUUCCACACAAUAUGGACUUCCGAGGGCGCACUUACCCCCGACCGCCUUAUUUUAACCACCUUGGUAGUGACGUGACCAGGGGGUUGCUGCUGUUCGCCGAGGGACGACCUCUCGGCCCCAAAGGCCUUGAUUGGUUGAAGAUUCACCUGGUGAACCUCACCGGGUUGAAGAAGCAGAGCUCACUAGAUGGACGACUAGAGUAUGCCGAGAGUAUCAUGGAGGACAUCCUGGACUCCGCAGACCAUCCUCUUGACGGUCGCAAAUGGUGGAUGAAUGCAGAUGAGCCGUGGCAGGCUCUGGCUUGCUGUAUGGAGAUAGCAAAUGCCUCACGCUCUCCCGACCACACCAAGUUCAUCUCCUAUUUCCCUGUUCAUCAGGACGGUUCGUGCAACGGCCUCCAGCACUAUGCUGCCCUCGGGCGGGAUGUGAUUGGUGCUACUUCGGUGAACCUCAUGCCCUGUGAGCUGCCUCAGGAUGUGUACAGCGGUGUAGCUCAGCAGGUGGAAGAGUUCAGGGCUCGGGAUGCGGAGAAGGGUUUGAAGAUCGCGCAGGUGCUGGAGGGCUUCAUCAGCAGGAAGGUGGUGAAGCAGACGGUGAUGACUGUGGUCUAUGGCGUCACGCGCUACGGGGGCCGUCUGCAAAUCGAAAAACGGCUGAAGGAAAUCGAUGAUUUCCCCAAGGACUACAUAUGGGAUGCUUCACAUUACCUGGUCAAGCAGGUGUUCAGCAGCUUGAAGGAAAUGUUCACAGGGACGAGAGAAAUUCAGGAAUGGCUGACGGAGAGCGCUAGGCUAAUAGCUAAGUCUGGGAGAACCGUGGAAUGGAUCACGCCGCUGGGACUUCCGAUCAUUCAGCCCUACCACCGAACAAAGAACCAAACGCUCAAGAGCCGCAUGCAGAACCUGAGUAUCCAUAUAAGUCAUGAUGCCAGUGAGAAACCAGACAGCAUGAAGCAGAAAAACGCCUUCCCUCCUAAUUUUAUCCAUUCUCUGGACUCCACUCAUAUGAUGCUGACAUCACUUCAUUGUUACAGGGCUGGUCUGACGUUUGUGUCCGUCCAUGACUGUUAUUGGACCCAUGCUGUGACGGUGGACAUCAUGAACAGGGUGUGUCGUGAGCAGUUCGUGGCUCUGCACAGUCAGCCCAUUCUAGAGGAUCUGUCCAAGUUUCUUGUAAAGAAAUAUUGCAGCAGGCCACCGGUUAUAUCCAAAACAAAGAAGUUUGAAGAGUAUCAUAAGAUGGCCCAGCUUUUGGACAGUGUUCCUCAAACAGGUGAUUUCAACCUGGAAAAGGUGAAAGAAUCGGUGUAUUUCUUCAGCUGAGGAGCGGACCGUGAGCUGACGGACAGCUUUCAUCAGGAGGCUGAGAGCCCUCCACAGACCUCAUCAAAACAGAUUGCUGCUUUUAACCACAUGGAAAAGAGUGCGUGACUGAGACCGGAUUGGUUGAUCUGGUAGACAAGUGAGAGUGCGUGAGCGAGUUUGUGUGUGUGUCUGUCUUGUCAUAUUAUCAUAAAGACAUCACUUAAGCGCUGAAGCAGAGUUCUGGCGGAGGCGAACAGCAGGAGUCGCCCUUGUGUGCGGGCGCUCUUCUCGGUAUGGAGUGAGACCGCUCUCUCGGCGGGGCUCCGAUCCGCUCCUUCACUCCUGAGUGCUAACGCGGGGCUGAUUAACCACAUGAUUCUGGCUCUCAUCGAUUUCAAGGCAGCCCCGACUGAAAGGCCCUCUCUGACAUUUCCACUUGGACAUGAUUUACUCCCAGCAUCCCCCCGCAGCUGGCGGCUCUCGCAUUCACAGCCAGCAAAACAAAAAAAAACGGCGGGAUAUUUAUGGUAAUAGAGCACCUUUUGGGCAAACUUUUGGGUGACGUGUGACCUCGUGCCGUCGUUUCUUUUAAGAGCACUUAAUGACUGCGUUUAAUGAUCAGAGACGUUUUGAUCCGUCGGGUGCUUGUCGGAGAAUGUACACGGGGCGCGCGGCGCGAAAUAAAAUCGAUAUUUUUGCA